AUGAAAUACUUCUCAACGCGCGGAGGAGACGAGAGGCUGUCUUUCGAAGAGACUGUCCUCACCGGUCUCGCCCCUAACGGUGGUUUAUAUAUUCCAGAAUCCAUUCCGUCGUUGCCUGCAGACUGGAAAACAAAAUGGAGUUCGUACUCCUUCGUUGAUCUCUCUGUAGCAGUGCUAUCGCUGUACAUUUCCCAAGACGAGAUCUCGACGGCUGAACUCCGGUCGCUCGUCGAGAAAUCAUACGCCACGUUCCGUCAUCCCGACGUUACGCCUCUGAAAAAGUUAGACGACAAAACGUUUGUUUUGGAGCUUUUCCAUGGUCCUACAUUCGCAUUCAAAGAUGUCGCGCUGCAACUCCUUGGCAAUCUGUUCGAGUUCUUCCUGCUCCGACGGAAUGCGCGCAAGGCUCCUGGAGAAAAGCAGGAGAAACUAACUGUUGUCGGUGCGACGAGCGGGGACACCGGAAGUGCCGCGAUCUAUGGUCUCCGAAACAAGGCAAAUGUAUCCAUAUUCAUCCUCCAUCCCAAAGGCCGAGUUUCUCCCAUCCAAGAGGCCCAAAUGACCACAGUUACAGAUGACAACGUGCAUAAUGUCGCUGAUAUCGUUAAAGCUCUCUUUGCCAACAAAGAAUUUAAUGCCAAACACCGACUGGGCGCUGUCAACUCCAUUAACUGGGCCCGUAUUCUUGCCCAAACCGUCUAUUACUUCCUUUCCUAUUUUAACUUCCAAGCCCAAUUGCCCAGUGGAACGACUGAUGUAGAACUGCAAUAUGUGGUCCCCACAGGCAACUUUGGCGACAUACUCGCUGGAUAUUAUGCCAAGAGGAUGGGUCUGCCCAUAGGGAAGCUCGUUGUCGCUACCAAUGCCAACGACAUCCUAGCCCGUUUCUGGAAGAGCGGUAAAUACGAAAAGGUCGAUUCGUCGGUAUCACACGGCGAGGGCGCAACUGCGCCUGUGGAAGGUUCAUCUGAUGGCAAGCAGGCGACUGAUGCCAGCGGCGUUAAGGAAACUCUGAGUCCCGCGAUGGAUAUCCUUGUAUCGAGCAACUUCGAGCGUCUUCUUUGGUAUCUCGCCUUCGAACACGCCGAAGGCUCGACGGAUGCAGAGAAGAAAGCCGCCGCUUCGAAAACUUUGGAUGGAUGGAUGAGCCACAUGAAGAGCAAUGGACGCGUCGAGGUUCCAAUUCCGGUGUUGGAGACCGCUCGUAAAGAUUUCAUCGCUGAAAGAAUAUCCGAUGACUUGACUCUUCAAACCAUCAAAUCAUUCUUCGAAGGCGAAACAUCAUAUGUUGCGGACCCUCAUACCGCCGUAGGCUUGGCCACUGCUCGUCGCAUUGCCCCUGCAAACUCACCGAACGUGUACCAAAUCGUUCUAUCAACCGCUCAUCCAGCUAAAUUCUCUGAGGCCGUCUCACGCGCCCUGGAAGGAUCCCCAAGCUUCAACUUCGAUCGCGACGUCCUGCCAAAGGAAUUCCAUGGUCUAUUGGACAAAGAGAAGCGGGUCAUUGAUGUCGAACGCGCAGACAUCGAGCUCGUCAAAGCCGUCAUUGAAAAGGUUGCAGAGAAGGAAGGAGCCAGCAAGGAAAUUGCUGGGAGUGUGUAG